UCAGUUGACCAAAGAUAAUCUUUCAGCAGUGACCCUCAGGGCUCAAUCUGACUGGUUCACCGCCCCCAGAAGCUCCAAGAUCCCCCAAGAGCCCCAAUCUGGCGCCUCGGACAAGAUUUGUUGAGUUGAUCGCCGCAUCGGAGCUAUCAGGUUGAAAAGACGGCGGGAGCAUCUUUUUGCACACGAUCAUAGAUUAAAAUCCCCCAAGGUCCAAAAGCACGGCGUCAUGCUACCAACACGCAUGUAUUCUCGUCCUUGCUUGCAACGUCUCACCACCCUACAAUUCGCUUGCUCGUCCCAGAAUCGACCAGUCCUUCAAACGCGUGCCAAAUCGCUGGCAAGCCGCAUAUUAGCGAGACCACUCAGUCCCCCGCAUCGCGGCCCUCAAUCUGGCAUAGGUCCAUCGCUUACCACCGUGCCAUCGCCGUCCCAUUCAACACCCUGUGCUCAUCCUCACCAAUCUGAUACAUCACCACCUGCGGCAGCUUUUCAAACAUAUAGCAAGACCAUGGCCCCCGACCGCAACGUCGUCCCCGACUUCAAUACUCCCGACUCGGAACCUUCAGAGGACAUUGAUAUUGAUGACAUUAUGCCUGGCGCAAUCAAUACAAGCAAAUCUUUCGAAGACGCGUACGCCAAGGCAUUCAACAACAACUCCCUGUGGCGGCGGUCACUGGCGGAAGCCGAGCCGGAGCUAUUUGAAUCACUCGGCAAAGGCCAAUCGCCGCAGAUUCUAUGGAUUGGAUGUGCCGACUCACGAUGUCCUGAAACCACCAUCCUAGGACUCCAGCCCGGUGAGAUUUUCUGCCACCGGAACAUCGCCAACAUCCUAGUCAACACCGACAUCAACUCGCUGUCGGUCAUCCAAUAUGCAGUACAAUACCUCAAAGUCAAGCACAUCAUCAUCUGCGGACACACAUCAUGCGGAGGCAUCGCCGCCGCACUUGGGAACAAGAAACUCGGCCUGAUCGACACAUGGCUGAUGCCGCUGCGGGCACUGCGGCAAGAGAAUCUCUCUCUAUUGGACAAUCUCAACGAGACGGAAAAGGGCCUCAAGCUCGUCGAGCUCAACGUCCGUGCCGGUGUCAAGGUCCUCCACUCUAAUCCCAUUGUCAUCGACGCCAUGAGCGACCGUGGUCUUCAGGUUCAUGGCCUCAUCUACAACGUCGGCACUGGCGAGUUGCGGGAGCUCGAUAUUGAGGAGGAAGAGGAAAUUGUCAAGAGUCGCAUUGUCUCUUUCAAGACCGAGGACUGAGUACUUUGAUUUCCUCUCUGGCUUGUCCGCCAGUUUUGUAUUGUCUCUACCUCUUACCCCAUCAUGUCACGAUAUUUGUGUCGGUUAAAAGGUCAUAUCACGACUUACGAUAUAUCUUUUGGGACCCUGGUCGAGUGCAAAUGUCACUCCACCAGCUUUGUUGGUCGUCACCACACCAGUAUAUCUAGUGUUAGGUUUUUCUACUUUGCUCGUAUGACAAUAGUUGUGUCAGUCUUCUUUUUUUUGAGGUUUUCCUGUGAAAUUAGGUAGAAUAGAUAAUACACGAAUGUGUUUG